AAUCUUUUUUUUUUAAGAAAGAAAAGAAUGAAACUUAAAAAAAAAAGAAACCACAAAAAUACUAGGUUAUUUUAUAACCUCAAAUCUUUCUAAAGUAGUGUAAAACCUUGAAGUCAUGUAAUAAAGUGAAUUGACAGCAUAAAACUAAACUUAACGUAUGGAAGAAAAGUCACUGCAAACAAACCCAAAAGACAGAUGAUAAUCUGGAGUAAAUAUUACAAUGCUUCAAAGCUGCUUUCCUUAAUUUAGAAUGAAUACCAACUGAUAAGAAAAAGAUCAGUUACCUAAUAGAAAAAUGGGCAAAGCAUGUGAACAGGGAAUUCAGAGAAGGCAAAACACAAAUGGCCUGGACAUGUAGAUGAUAUUUAAAUUAACUCAUGAAGGAAACGUUUAUUAAAGUAUAAUGAGAUAGCAUUUUUCACCUGGAAGACUAGAAAAUAAUCCAAAAGUAUAACAAUACACUUGGUUAUCUGGGGAUGAGUCAACAGGCAGUCUCAAAGAUGAGCGGUGGGGGUAUAAAUUUGCCUCAUUGCUGUGAAGGAAAACUCUUCACUCUCCCAAUUACAAAUUCCACCUAUAGAUUUCUCUGGUAGAAAUAUAUACUACUAAUGAACACUGCCUGCCUGGGGAAUGACUCGCACAGGUGUUUUUCAUUACAGUAGUGUUUCCGAGAACAAAGGAUUAGAAGCUAUUUAAAUGUCAUUAUAUUGAGACAGGGAAAAUGUAUUAUGGUGCAUUGAUAUAUUCUCUUGUAAUAAUAUUAACUGGAUGAAAAAUUGAGGAAGACACUUACAGUAUCUAAAUACUGUACAGUAUGUAAAUACUUACAGUAUCUAAAUACUUACAGAUACUAAAAAGUAUCUAAAACAAAUUAAGUGGGAAAAGUCAAGUGCCAAAAUAAUGAGUAUGGUAGUUCACUAUUUGUGCAAAAGUAAGGAGAAAAAUACCUGUAUCAGCUUACAUACACUCAUACAACUUUUCUGGAAGGACAAACAAAACUGCUAACAGUUACCUGCUAUGGAGUAAUGAGGAGGGGGGAGGGGAGAAAAAGGCAUCUUUCCAUGGUUUUUGAUGCUUGUACCAUGUAAAUUACCCAUAACUGAAAUUGAAAUGCUAACUUUUAAAAAGUGUUUAGCCUCUUGGGAUAUAAAUUAGCAUCGAAGAAUAAGGAGCUGGAGAUUUACAUUUUUUACAUGUAACCAUUCUGAUUUUUUUCUUUUCUUUUUUUUUUUUUUGUAAUAUGCAGGAGUAACCUAAAUGUACAUGUAUAAUCAAAAGGAACAAACGCAGAAGACAAAAGAGUAUUUUGAAAAGAGGUUUUUUUCAUUUGGUAUCUCAUUAAAGAGAAAGGUUUUUUAAUAUUAAAACAUAGAUUUGCUUUGUAAGGUGUGGGGUUUCUUGACUGGUUGUAACACCUUAUGGAGAAACACCUUAAAUGCUUGGCUUUGUACGUAGAAGGACUCGUGGAAAUGACAAACAGACUUCAUACACAAAUAACAGAAGUAAGGGGCUCAAAAUGACAAGAGAGUAAACAUUUCUGAGAAGAAAGAGGUUAUGGUUCUAGCUUGUCUACACUUGCCCUUUGUCUAUACUAGGCCCUUGAUUUCGGUGAAAUGUGUAGAUCCAGUUUAAGGAAGGUGUCACGUGAAGGGGCACGUGGGGCGCAUUUGACAAAUUGCGGGGUCACCGGGUCUUUCAGGAAGGGGCACGCACGGUAGCCGGUGUUGAAAGGUCCAAGGGAAGUGCCUGCCAACAUCAUGGAAAAAUGACAGGAGCGGUGGCCGGCGGCCUGGCCAGGCCUCCCAGCAGCUCUGAGUUUGCGUGGCUGCGGCGCACGCGUACCACUUCCCUUGGCCAAGGGGACAGGUGCACCCUCGUGCCAUAGCAGAGCACAGUUGUUUUCCGCAUUUUUCUGCAUUUUUAACUUACUUAAUUUCUUCUCAUUUUUUGACCUCCUUCACCUGUUUUCUCCCUCCACCAUCGCCACCCCCAACAAAUAGCUUCUUCCUUAUUACUUAUUCCAACAUCCAGAAAAGAAUCGAGAGCUCCUUCUCAUUUAUGUGCUUAACUGGAAACAUGGAGAGUUUUUGCCACGUGGGAAGAGGAUGGUCCCUCUACUGGACAGAAUUUGUCCCUAAGAAUUAUUUCAUGUUGCUACCUGCAAUGUCCAGAUCUGAAAAAUAGCUCCCUGGUAACGAAAAGCUAGAAUCAGGUAACUGGCAAAAUGUGCUUUAGAGUCUAGAUAGCGUCCAUCUCAUUCUUUCCUGAUGCACAGAUACUGUCCUAUGUAUCAAAACACCUGGAAUUCAGUUGAAAAGUAAAAAAGCAAGACGAAAGCACAAUAUUCUGACCUGAUCAUUGAUUGGAUGUUCCUUUACUCUUGCAGAGGCAGAAAAACAUAACCUGUGGGAGGCCAGGGGACAGGGCCGGGAUGGGCCGGGGGAGGGUUCUGCUUGUGUCUACACUGAGUGGGAGGGAGGCUGCCCUGGGAGUCUUCUCUGAGUCUGUGGUUCUAGGUCUUUGAGCCACUGAGCACAAAAUUCUGAAGAAAUUCUGAAUUAAGUUCCUUCGAUCUUGGCAGCCUGGGGAAAGAUGUUGGCUUGCGUUUUUUCCCCCAGCCACCCAUAUUCUCAAAAAGAUCUGGAUCCAAACAUUAAGUCUCUGUUGGACUUUACAGGGGAAGUUGGCUUCAGGGGGUGUAUCCCUAGAUGUCUGGACUAUGCCCUGACAGUCUGGCAGGGAGGGAAGUGGCUCAGAGGACUGGGAGCCGGGCAGUCUCCAGCACUGGCAGUGGGAGAGGCAGGGAGCAGAACUCGUCCGGAAAGGAAUGAAAACAAGCAGAACUGGGAAAAGAUAGCUUGUUGAAUUUGCCAACCUUCUGUCUCCCUGACAAUGAAAGAAGGAAUGAAAAGAUCUGAUGUGGUAUUUGAUGGAGCUUCCAGGGGAUUUUGGUCCAUGCCAUCAACCUGCCCCACUGAAAAUAUUCCUGCGAGCUGCAUGACUCGGGGCGGGGGGAAGUUUACUUCACGGUUUUUACACCCCAGUGUUCUCAUCUAUAAAAUGGGGACAAGAGCAGUCUUAUUUCAUGGGAUUUUUGUGAGGAUUGAAUGAGCAAAGACGUGUAUAUCAAGUACCCAAGAGCACCCAGCACACAGUAAAGGCUUGAGAGCAUCUUGUUCCACGGUGAGCAUUAUCUCUACCCUUCCUUCAAAGUGAAAUUACCAGAGGACUCAUGGAUUAUUACUGGCAAUUUAACCAUCCAUGAAUUGUUGCCAGACAUCACCAAGCAAUUCCUGGGUUUUCCCCACAGUAAACCUCUGCUGCUUUGGAUUUUUCUCAAUGAUGAAACCAUCAGAACCGUUUGUGGUACCUUAUUUAGCAGGACCAGAUAAAAAUAUAAGCCUCGGUGUGAUCACAAAUGAGAUCUUCCCAAUCUGGACAUACUCUUACCUGGUGCUGCUGCUCCCCGUGUUCAUCCUGACCGAUUACGUCCGCUACAAGCCAGUCAUCGUCCUGCAAGGAGUCAGCUUCAUCAUCACCUGGCUGUUUCUUGUAUUUGGCCAAGGAUUAAGAGCCAUGCAGGUGCUAGAGUUCUUCUAUGGGAUGGUCUCUGCCACCGAGGUGGCAUACUAUGCCUACAUUUACAGCGUGGUCAGCCCCGAACACUACCAGAAAGUGAGCGGCUACUGCAGGAGCAUCACACUAGUGGCCUACACAGCAGCCUCGGUGCUGGCCCAGCUCCUCAUGUCCCUGGCCAGCCUCUCGUGCUUUUGCCUCAACAUCAUAUCCUUGGCCUCCGUCUCUAUGGCCUUUCUUUUCUCACUUCUCCUACCAAUGCCUAAGAAGAGCAUGUUUUUUCACGCAAAACCCAGCACAGGGGCUUCUCCAAAACCAAGAGGAAGAGAUGCUUUCUUAGAGGAACCUCAAAAGGGUCACAAACUAGUCUGCCAAGAAAUAUUCACCUUUUCAAGGAAUCUGGAUGAUGGUUCGUUAAGCACUCCAAAGCCGGAAAACGUAACUUUGAGGGGUUUUGUGCAGUGGUUCCAAGAUCUGAAGGAGUGCUACUCCUCAGAGCAACUUUUUUACUGGUCCCUGUGGUGGGCCUUCUCCACAGCAGGUUUCAAUCAGGUUUUGAACUAUGUUCAAAUCCUGUGGGAUUACAAGGCACCGUCCCAGAGUUCUACAAUCUAUAAUGGAGCAGUAGAAGCCCUUGCAACCUUUGGAGGGGCUCUGGCAGCCUUCACAGCAGGCUGUGUGAAAGUCAACUGGGAUCUCCUGGGAGAGAUGGCCCUGGCAAUGUUCUCAGCAGUGGAUGCCGGUUCUCUACUUUUCAUGCAUUACACAAUUAAUAUUUGGGUGUGCUAUGCUGGUUUUGUGAUAUUCAAGUCAAGUUGCAUGCUUCUCAUAACGAUAGCAGCAUUUCAGGUUGCUGUUAAUCUCAGUGUGGAACGCUAUGCCCUGGUGUUCGGAAUCAACACCUUCAUUGCCCUGGUGAUCCAGACUGUCAUGACUGUAGCUGUGGUUGACAACCAGGGACUGGGGCUUCCAGUCAGCAUCCAGUUUUUAAUUUAUGGGAGCUAUUUUUCUAUUAUUGCUGGAAUUUUCCUGAUGAGAUGCAUUUACAUAAUCUGUUCAGCCAAAUGCGGAAAGGAAGAAUGUAGGUCUACUGCUACUGGUCAGAAUCCAAGUGAACUGGAGAACUCAAUGUCUGGUAACACAGUUUUAGCCUGGUCCCUCCUACCAUGGACUCAAACGGUGGACAGCUCUGAAAAUAUAUGGUACUAUACUACUUGACAUUUUAAUUUUUUAUCCUAGAUUAAGAUAUCAUAAAAGACAGGAUUAUCAUCAACCUUAUCAACACCACAUCAAAAUCUCUGCUAUGGGCUGGUGAACUGGAUACAACCAAAAACUAUAGUCAACCAAGUUGAAACCAGCCAUCUUUAUGGCCUUGGUGAGCAACUAGGACCCUAAAUACGGUUUUAAUACUUUAGAGUCCACCCCAAAAAAACAUGGAAAUCAGAUAAAUGGGACCAUCCAAGAACAGAAACAUGAAAUAUCACAGAGUGAAUGAUAUAUACUGGUUUUUGUGCCCAACUUCAUAAAAGUGUGAUUUGUUUUGGUUUGAAUAGUAGAUAAAAAAAAGUUUCUCAUGCAGGCCUGAUGCAUAGUAAAUGAUCAACAUGUAAUAACCAUUAUGAUUAUACUCAUACUAUAUACUAUGAAAAAAGCUAGAAUGGGGGAAAUCGUUUAAUUCCUAUAAAAUUAGGCCAA